AUGGGCGUCCCGGUAGAUUGGCGUGAGAAGAAUUGUCACCUCCAGAUCCUGGGGGCGGCGGAAAAAGGCCGAUACGGCGUUAUCGCAGCCAUUGCCUAUAACCUCGAGCAGAUCCUCGGCCUCGUGCGAGCAGCCGAGCAAGCACGGUCGCCGCUAAUCCUCCAGUUUUUUCCCUGGGCCAUCGCCUUCUCAGAUGGCUUGCUAAUUCGGACGGCCGCCGAAGCCGCCAAGCGCGCAAAAGUGCCCGUAUCAGUACACCUCGACCACGCACAGGACGAGGACAUGAUUAAGUUGGCAGCUGACACGCUGCCAUUCGAUUCCAUCAUGAUUGAUAUGUCACAUUAUGAGAAAGAGGAGAACCUGGCCAAGACGGCUAAGUGGGUGGCCUACUGCCAUGAGAGGGGCAUCGCUACCGAGGCAGAGCCGGGCCGUAUCGAAGGAGGUGAAGACGGCGUUAUGGACACUGCGGGGCUAGAGGCGAGCAAGACGACUCCGGAAGAGGUGGAGCAAUUUAUUGCUACUGGCGUCGACGCUCUUGCUCCUGCCUUUGGAAAUGUGCACGGCGAAUAUGGUCCACAAGGGCCGCAAUUGGAUUACGAGAGGUUCGACAGUAUCUUUAAGCAGGUCAAUGGGCGUGUUCGUUGUGUCCUUCACGGCACAAACGGCUUCCCUACAGAUAUUAUGCAGCGAUGCAUUAAAGCUGGCCUUACCAAAAUCAACGUCAAUCGGCUAGUCCUAGAUGACUACUAUACACACUUGCGGGCCGAUAGUUCACGGAAACUGCCACAUACGACGCUGAUUGAGCAAGGGAUGGACUGCGUGAUCAGGCAAACUAAAGAGUGGAUGGACAUCUGCGGCUCCUCUGGUAAAGCCCCGUGA